AUGAAUGUAACACAGCACGAUCGCGACGGCCUCGUCAUCCUAGGAAUUCCAGAUCCGUACGUCGCGCCACGUUACCGACGCAGUACGCAUCACGACAUCCACCUCUCGAUCACGAACGGGCAGUCGGUGAUGAAGAUUAUCGAUGGGAAGACUAUUCUACCUGGAAGCAGAAGAAGACGACUGCCAUCGAGGGCACUAAAUGUAUUAGCAUUAUCUACAUGUGAUCGGCGUAAUUUACAGUUUCAAUACGAUAAUCGUAAAUUCGAUUUACGUGCUAUUUACGUCGAUUUACGAGCGUGCGGGCUAGUAGUGUGCAUGAGAAGUAAUCGACUGCCGUUGCCGAAUUACAAUCUUCAUACAUUUUAUUAUCCGUGGUAUGACUCCCCUGACGUCGAUGGAGAUUAUAUGCACUGGAAUCAUGUCUAUAUGCCGCAUUGGGACAAGAAAGAGGCGACAAAAUGGAGGACUGGCCGGCAUGUGCCACCUCACGAUGUCGGAUCGAAUUUUUAUCCGCAACUCGGGGCAUACAGCUCUCGAAAUCGGACUGUGCUACAUAUACAUAUGCUGCAGAUGAGGACUGCCGGGAUCGGAGUGUUAGUCGUGUCCUGGUUUCCUCCCAACAGGCACGAUCCGAAUGGAAGUGGUUUGGAUAGUGUGAUGCCUAGAAUUUUGGAUAUCGCCCAUCAACAUAAAUUGAAAGUAGCAAUGCAUAGUGAACCAUAUGAUGGACGCCAAGGCCAGAGGCUAUACGAUGAUUUGAAGUAUUUUGUUGACACAUACGGCGAGCAUCCUGCUCUCUAUAGAGUCGAGAGGAAGAACGGCUCGCCUGCAUUGCCGAUGAUCUACGUCUAUGAUUCGUAUUUUACUCCAACGGAAGACUGGGUGAAUCUAUUACAUCCGAAUGGUAAACUCUCUAUCAGAGGCAGCAAAUAUGAUUGCAUAUGCAUCACUUUGCUCGUGCAGCAAGGCCACAAAGGGUUGCUUCAGCGGGCAAAUUUCGAUGGUUUCUAUACUUAUUUUGCUACUAAUGGCUUCACGUAUGGCAGCACACAACGCAACUGGCAUAGUCUGAAACAAAUGGCCAAUCAAUUAGGGAAACUAUUUAGGCCUUGGAACAAAGCAAAUAUUCGUGACCGGAAGCAUGGAGUGUACUGUGCCAGUAGUUUCCAAGCAGUACUGCAGUUGAAGACACGCUUUGUAUCGAUUACCUCUUUCAAUGAGUGGCACCAAGGCACACAAAUUGAACCUGCAGUACCAAAGGCUAUUGAUGACUUCACAUACUUGGACUACAGUCCACUCAAACCAGAUGCAUAUCUAGAGGCUACACGAACUUGGGCUCAGUUAGUGGGCAAGUAG